AAACAGGAAUGGAAGAAAAUAGAGAUAAUGUGUCUGCCCAAGAAAGAACUUCUGAGAGAAAUUUGCGUCGUCGUACCAGAUAUGCACAGAUGUCACCAGAGAGAAAGCAAUUAUUUUUAUCCGAGCUAAGAGAAAAAAGGGCUGAGUCAAAAAGACAAAAACUCCUUCAUCAAUCAAAUACUACUGGCGCUCUUAGAAUCAGUAGUUCCUCAUUAUCUCCUCAGGAAGUUGAAGCUUCUGAAGCCACAAACCUACCAGUUACUUUAACUACAGGACAGCAUCAAUCAAAUAGUACUGGCGCCCUUACAAUCAACACUUCUUCGUUAUCUCCUCAACAAGGUUAG